AUGAUCCUACUGCAUGUCGUCUUGAUUUUCUCUGUUAUUACUCGCGGUAUGUUUGACCCUUGCAUGCAGUCGCAGCAUCAAUCCUCAACACUUGCACAUUAACACUAUAGAGUUCUUGCAAUUCUCAUUGAUUUGCACAUUUACCAGCAAAUUUACUGUCCAACUUAAUUGACUAUUAGAAACUCCUGUCAGAAUGCAGAAAAUCACAUUAAUUCUAUUUUUGGAUAAAAUAAUUUUUCUUUCAGUACGGGCUGGUGAAGAGCCAACGUAUAAAAUAUGCAAACAACAGCAGACCGAAUGCAAGAUUGUGAGCUACAGAGUGGGCGAUGCGAGUAAGGGUCGUCUCUGCCGCGAAGCCUGUGGAAAGCAGCGAGGUAGGUCUCAUCGCAACAUGUUGCAUCUUCCUCAAGCAAUAUCUGCUCGUCUACAGUGCUCGAAGUAUAGAUAGCGAAAUCAUAAAUGUCCUCUCGUUGGUUUAGGGGAACUAAAAAAUAAAUGGACCGCCUACUAUUGUGAAGGAAGUGACGAAAAUUGCAACGCGUAUGACGUUUACGGACGCGACGAAUUCGACACGGCUUUCGAUAGACACGUUAUGUGUGUUCAAAUGUGUCACUUUGUAGCGAAAGGUGAAUUUCUAAAUUGCGCUCAUUUUUUUCCAUCUGCACUUUCACUUGAUAACACUGUUGGCCCUUUUUUGACUUGAAAUGGGUUUUCUUCUAAAGGAAAAUGCUAUGCGUACCAUGCAGUGCAUUGUUUAUUUUCAGUUCAACACAAUUCGGAGAGCGCCCUCAAACUUUGCUCGGAAGAUAAGCAGGAUUGCAUCGAAAUAAAGAGGGUAGGUGGGACGUUUGAUGCCUUCAACAGAUGCGCUUUCAAAUGUGAUGGCUGGCCAAAGUGUAAGUUGUUAUUUUUAUUUACAUAUAGCUCAUUCUUCAUCGUCUUUCAGUGCUGCUAUUCCUGCUGUAAUUUGAUUUCUUACAGUGAAAAACACGGAUAUGCACAAAAUCUCUGUCUGCUGCAGUGGCGACAAAUGUCAGGAGGGCAGAUAUUUUACCGAGCCAAAUAAAGAAAAUCCGUUCGUCGACUUGAAGGGAUGUUUCAAUUCUUGUCUUGAAGGUAUUCUUACACUAGUAUUGCUUAUACUAGCGACAUUUUCUGCAACUGGGCUUGAAAAUAUGCGCGAUAGAAGGGAAGAUGCGAGUUCCAGAAUCUGGUUGGUAAGACGUAGAAGCGAUCGUUGGAUCAAAGGCUUUAUGUGCCUAACGUCUGGCAUUCCCGCUUGAAGGCAGUUUCUGUCACUGUUUCUAAUAAUAGAUUAAGGUGAGAAUUCGAAACGUCAAGCAAGUGAAGCCCUUGUUCCAGCGAUCGCUUCUUCUUCCACAUUUGAGCAUAGUUGUGGCACUAAUGCUUACCACCAGAGACAUUGAAUGCUGUCAGAUAAAAGUAUGUCUAAAGACAGAUCAUGAUCCUAUUUACGGUUGUGCCACGUUGGCGUUCCGUUGUAAAUUUCUUACAACGAUUUUAUUCUUACGUACUCGGUUCACAACGCAAAAAAAGAGGGAAAUUUUUGAAAGCGGGGGAAAAAAUUGUCAUUAAAUAGCAAACGUCUCCAAUUUCAUAUGUCCUUACAGCUAGAAACUGUCAAAUGCUUACUAUUAUAUUUGUACACGUGUUUGUGAAUGCUAGAGAGCAUUUAUCCAUAUUGCGAAUUUUGAUCGAAAAGCUUUUAAUUCAAAAAAUGGUUACAAUGCAUCUAAAAGUCGUUAACUGAAACUCUGAUAAACACAAUGAUUUUUCGUACGCAAACUAAAUCUCCGGAUUAUUUUAUUUGUAGACGUGUUUGUUAAUUUAAGUGAACAGUUAUCCAUAUUUUGCAUUGUGUGCCAUUUCUAAAACAUAUUACUUUUACUUUAGGAAAAAGGUUUUAG